UACACUUAUCACCCUUCAAGACCGCUCGUGUGACAAGUUAAGGAUGUCCAUGUACACCAGAGAAGGUACUCAAGAUGCAUAUAUGGGGGCAGCUUGCAAAACUGAAACAUCUGGAAAGGAAACGCCUAGUUUGGAACUGUCCGAUGCAACACAGCUUCCAGAGAGCACCAACUGCUUGGCGUGCUCGGAAGACGGCAGGUACCUCAGCUUGGGUCACUCCCAGGGCUUGUCUGUAUGGUGUGCAUCUUCUCUGAUCUGUGCUGCAGAGUGGCUGCAGGACACAAUGGAAAUAACAUCUAUUCAAAUGACCAGAAUGGCUGAGAGAGCCUAUCUGCUUGGCACUGUUGAUGAUAUGGGUGUUGCCAGAGUCUUUGCAUAUCACCGUGAAGGCAUUCACCUCUUCAGUGUUAUUAACAUCAUGGAAAAUAUCAACAAAAGGAGCAUUUGCUUGACAUUUGAACUGUCUGAAGGGGGAGAUUAUGGAGCUGCGUCAAUCAGCUGUAACAGUAUUGUUUGGCUCGAGGUCUAUCACUUUCCCUCAGAAGCAUGGCUGAAAGAGUUAGACAAGAGAGAGAGAGAAAAUCAGGAGCCAAACCUAUCUGGAGAUCUGGAUGUGAAAUGGUCUCCAGUUGCAAUGGUGAUUAAAAUCAAGCCACCCAAAUUUCCAGCAGGGACGGCAUUAGAUGAUCCCCUUAAGGUGUUGCAAAUGACAGACUUUUUUACGCACUGUUUGGCUCUGGAUGUAGACACCAGCAGCAGUCGUCAAUGGGAGGAACAGUCUUUUGAUACAAGUGCAGGAAAACCAAAGGAAACUGAUGAAAGCCCAAGACGUUGCACCCAGCACUUUCUUCUGCCUUGUGGUCAGUUUCCUGGUGACAGUAAAGCAAAGUCUCAGCCAGCUGGAUUGCCUGUUGCUGUCUGUGUGUGGUGGGGUGGCAGCCAUCAUCUUCUUCAGUAUUUGCUGCAAAAAGCACCAAAGAACAAACCAGAUGUGGAACCCAUGCCAGAUGUCUUGUGGCCAAAUGCAAAGGAAAUCCUUUGCUCUGCUGUCAGUAGAUGCACCCGUUACAUAGCUCUUGGGCUUGAUGAUGCUUUGGCUUGUGUGUGGGACAGGCAGUCUGGGUCUCCAUUGUCUGUUGUCUUCGUGUCAGCAGCAGACAGUGCCUUCUUUAGGAUGCAAUUUGUGGAUUACUGGCCAGAAUCUCCUGAUGAUUCCCAGACUUUUACUGCAGCAAAAGUCUAUCUUUUGGUGUUGUGUAAAAGUGGAGCAAUGUAUACAGUCACCACAGGACGAGGGGCACAAUCCUGCACAGUGCAGCUCUCUGAAAGGUCAAAAGACAGCGGCGACCUCCCAACUGUCACUGCAUCAGUGCCAUUCCUGCAGAGUUUGUCACUUGUGGUGCAAAGAAAUGGAAAAAUGUUCCUCCAAGAUGUCAUCAACAAAACCACUGUGUGCUUCUUGAUUCCUCCCACAACUCAUCUGAUUGCCACACCCUGCAAUCCUGUUUAUGCUCUGAACAGCAAACAGCAGACUCUGUACAUAAAAGGUGACCAGAACCCCAGCUGCAGUACUUCUUCUGAAGGAGGAAGCCAGAGUCAGCUUUUCAUCUUCCGUUUUGGAGAGGCUGACAUCAUCAAGCAAUAUGUUGUUUCACUUCCAGACUCUGCACGACAACAAAACACACUGAGCUGUGUUAAUCUAGAGGAAACCUGCAAUCUCUACCUCCACCAAAGAGCGCUGUCUAUGGAAGAAAGGAACAAAGCUAUAACACAGACAUGGAAGCAGCUACAUGAAACUGCAGUGAUGGUGCAACAAAGACACAGCAGAGCUGCAGCCAGCUGAAGAACAGCAACAAAUCUGUUUUGUACAGAGGUACUAUUGUA